GAGGGAAGUGAGUUUGCAUUAUAAAGAGUGAAAUUUUAAAGAGGAAAGAUCAAGGUAUUUGAAAAUAAAAGUAUGACUGUCGAUAAGUUACCUUAUGGGGAUGGUUCUAGCAAGAUCUUUGGGAUGGAGAACUUUGGUAACACAUGUUAUUGCAAUUCCAUCUUACAAUGCUUAUAUUAUACCGAUCAAUUCCGAACCAAUUUAGUAUCGCAUAAUCGAACCGAUCACCCGGCAAAAUUAACAGUCCCCGGGGUAAAGGUCCAUGGGUUUACAGCCAAGUACGAGCAAUUGGUAGCCAAGAAACUUAAGGAUCAGGGGAAAUCGGGAAGUUUUGUGAGUGCCAUGACCAAUGGGAGUGGAGAAGAACCACCAUCCAGUGGAUCUUCUAAUGGAUAUGCUGGACAUACCGACAAUAGACCUACAACCACUGGAACUAUCAGUGGUGGUGGCAGUGCAGGCGAUAAACCCGCUAAAAGAGGAUCGAUUUUCGGAAUCAAAUUCAAUUAUGGAAACAGUGUUAAUGCCAUUGGAGGUGGACAAUCAACAUCAAUAUCUAAUUUAGGUAAUAGAAAGACAGUAAUGGAUGCUAAAGAUUGUGAUUCACUCACUGUGGAACAACAACUUUUAAUUAAAAAAAAUCCAGACUUUCAUAAUUUGUCACUUCUUGUCACAAGAAAUUCAGGAACUCAAAAUUCCACAGAAAAGAUGGACUAUUCACAGUCCCUGUCUAUGUUAUUAAACAAGGAUAAUAAUAAUAACAAUAACAAUCAUAAUAACAAUAAUAAUAGUUCUAGUAAUGGAAAUGCCACUAGCUCUUCAUCUAUACUGCUGAACAACUCUGUCUCGCCUGGAAGUAUAGUGGUGGUGGGGAUUCCCUACCCUGAUGCAUUGACCAAUUUCAUACCAAAUCCUUCUCCUGAUCAACGGAAACGUGCCGCAUUGAUCAAUGGACCGAUAAUCAAUUUGGAUAGUUCAUUACAACUCCCAUCGGAACAAUCCGAGAACUCCUCAUUGUUGUACGCCCUCCGUGAUAUCUUUGAAAGUAUGCUAGAAAACAAAUCACAAAUUGGAGUAGUGUCACCCAAUUGGUUUAUUACUAAAUUAAAGGAAAAAAACUAUUUGUUCCGUCAAAACAAUAUGCAUCAUGAUGCACAUGAGUUUUGUAACUAUCUUAUAAAUGAAAUUAUUGAAUGUCUUGAUCAUGAAAGUUUACUGCGGAAUUGGUGUAAUGAUAUUUUUAAAGGACUGAUCACAAAUGAAACCAAAUGUCUUUCUUGUGAAACGAUCACUUCGAAAGAGGAAUCCUUUUUAGAUCUUUCUAUUGAUAUCCCACCCGGUGAGUCUUCAUAUUCAUUGACUUAUUCACUUAACAAUUUUUCGAAACUGGAAAGACUUUCUCAUCAAAAUAAAUUUUAUUGUAAUACAUGUCUGUCACUUCAAGAGGCAACAAAGACAAUUAAGAUCAAGAAAGUCCCCGAAGUCUUGGUUAUCAAUUUCAAACGGUUUAAAUAUGAUGAAAAAGUCGAUAGAUUGGUUAAACUCUUUGAUUCGAUUUCAUAUCUGCACAGACUCCGAUUAUUCAAUACAAAGAGUAGUAAUAAGAAUCAUGAAGAGAAUGAGGAUGGUGAGGAUGAUAACGAGGGGAAAAAUGGAUUGGAUGGUCAUGGUGGUAGAAAGAUUGGAGGUGAUGAUGACUUCAAUUUAUUUGAAUUAUAUGCCUUGGUGGUUCAUAUUGGUGGAGGUCCAAUGCACGGACAUUACGUUGCCCUAUGUAAAGUUAAGGCACUGUUAUGGUUACUUUUCGAUGAUGAGACUGUUGAAAUUGUGGAUGAUUCAUACGUUAUGAGGUUUUUCGGUGAUGGUCCAGGAUUGGCGAGUGCAUAUAUAUUGUUUUAUCGGAAAUGUACCACCAACGAUACAACUGAUACGGACGUUAUUGAUUUUGGAUUUAAUAUGGAUGAUAUGUAUCAUGGGGAAGAUUAUUUGGCUCUGGAAGUAAUACCUGAAAAGAAAUCCUCUUCAUCGCCAUUAGCAGAAGAAGUUGAUUUGCAACACAGUCAUGCAUCGAAUGUUGAAAAUCUUCAUGAAAAUGAUCAUAUAUCUCCAUUGGGUCCUGGUCAGAAACUUUCAGCGGCAUCUUCACACGCAGAUACUUUAGAUACUAAGAAUGAUACACUUAAGAAAGGUUCUCUCUUCAAGAAGAAUUUUAAACUUGAUAGUUUCUCUGAAGAUGCUUCGAGUACAACUUCAAGAGCUUCAUCUAUUGAUAAACCAAUUGUUAAAAAGUCAGAUAAGAAAUCAUCAUGGGGGUUGAAGAGAAAGGAUCCGAAGGAAAAGGAAGCUAAGGGUGAGAAUGGUGAUGGUGAAAGAAGGAAAAGUAUAUUUGGGUUUAAAAGGAAGUAGAGUAGAAGUUAAACUAAAUACAAGGAAUGAUUUCAUGUCAUCUCCUAGAAUUGAUGGUGGUGAGAAUAUCGGCAUUAUACUAGAUUAGUUUCCUGUAGAUUUUCUUUAAAGUGUCCCAUAGUUUUAGAAAAUGAGGACCUUGAGCAUCUUUCGAAGAUCUAUCAUCACAAUAUUUCCAAUUUCUAUUCUAUUCUUUUUUUAGAAUGAUGGGAAAUAUUUGCCGCAUUGAGAUGGUUGCAAAAAUAAAAGAAACUUUAAUCAAAACAACAAACAAUAAGAAAUCACAUUUGCAAUUUCACCCAAUCGUAACAUAAAAGUCCAUAAGUUCACUUGAUUCUUAAUAUCUGUUCAUAUGAUAC